UUCCAGAAGAGAGGCGGUGAUGUGGCUUCCUGGUGGUGAAGCUCGCCUUGCAGCAGCUAUUGGGCCAGGUCAGGCAGGCAGCUCAGCCCGCCAGGCAACGCCUUUCCUGAUAGGAUAUGCUCACGGAUGUGGACUGCCGACAGCCUCGAUCAAGCCGGGCUAGAGCAAACGGCCAGUCAGGGCAGCUGGUCAGAUGCAGGACGGAACAGCAGGCCAACGGAGAGCGGUUCCAGCGCCCUCGAGACACACGACACCCGUUGCUUGUUCGCUUUUCCGCUUUGAGUCGAGUCGAGGUCAGACGGUGUAAGGUGAAGGUUUGGCCCAGCUCGAGAGCAGCACAUGAUGACGCAGGUGUUGCGGCUGCUUAUUCGCUCCCUUGCUUCUGCCUAGCUCGAGCUGUCUGUCAUAGUGUGUUAGCGCUAUUGGAUUGGCCCAACCACGGCGGAUUCGUUCAGCCCUGGGGCUAGGCCAAAGCCCAAGCUGCUGGGAGGCUUAGCGGGAGCUUCGGGGUUUUCCAGAGCCCGUGAGUCGC